UCCAUUGAGAGAAAGAAGAAAACAUUUGUCAAUAUUGUUUUCUUUUUCUCUUCCAUUUAAUCAACAAUUAGAUAAUUUGCUUUUUAAUUGUUUAUCAAUUUCUUAAUUUGUAUCUAAUUUUAAAAGGUAAUUACCAUGGAGUAUUUGAAGAAUAGUUGGAAAACUGUUGUUGGAAAUACACAAGAAACUGUUCAACCCUCGGUUAUAGAAACGAUUGAAAAGCUUAUUGGUAGGGUUGAAACAUCAACUUUACUUGAUGAUCGUCGAGAUGCUUGUAGGGCUCUUAAGUCACUUUCUAAAACCUAUCGAUUAGAAGUUGGUGCCCGAGGGUUAGAUGUUUUAAUUAGUGUUCUUAACACUGAUCGUAAUGAUCCAGAGGCUGUUAGUUAUACUUUAGAUGCAUUGAACAACAUAAUCUCAGGUCACUCUGAAGAUCCAUCAGAUUAUAAUGGAACCGUUUCACCUAAUGAAGAAACCGAAGGCCAUGGGAUACAAUUUACCGAAAUGUUCGCCAAAAGAACGGAAAAUGUUAGUCUAAUCUUAGACCUUCUAGAUGAAUAUGAGUUUAAAAUCCGUUGGCCUGCUCUUAAAUUGCUUAUGGGUUUAUUGAGAAACAAAUUGAAACAUAUACAAGAUGCUAUUCUUGCAAGUCCAAUGGGUGUUUCUAAAUUGGUUGAUCUAUUAGCUGAUGGUCGAGAUAUUAUUCGCAAUGAUGCUAUUCUCCUAUUAGUACAUUUAACCCGAGGAAAUGCUAAUAUACAAAAAAUAGUUGCCUUUGAAAAUGCCUUUGAUAGACUUCUUGAAAUAAUUGCAACCGAAGGCUAUAGUGAUGGAGGUGUCAUUGUUGAAGACUGUUUAAUUGUCCUUAGAAAUCUUCUUAUCAACAAUACUUCUAAUCAAAAUUUUUUCAAAGAAGGAAGUUACAUUCAAAGAUUAAUUCCAUUUUUAGAAGUGGCCGCAACAACCGAUUGGUCUGGUCACCGAACAAGCAAUUUUCUUUUCUUAUUACAAAUUAUUCGAGCUCUUGUUUCUCCGUCUAAUCCUCAACAAGUGACAACUUCUUGUCAAAAAGUAAUGCAUUCAUCGGGUGUUCUAAAAAAAUUGUGUGAUAUCCUUUUAACCGUCGGUGUACCUUCAGACAUUCUUACAGAGGCCAUAAACACUGUCGCUGAAAUAAUCCGAGGAAAUCACCACAACCAAGAUUAUCUAAGUUCACUUGAAGCUCCAGUUGAACCUCCUAAACCACUUUUAAUCCUCCUUCUUAUGUCCAUGGUUAAUGAGAAACAAUGUUUCGAUUUAAGAUGUUCAGUUCUUUAUUGCUUUGAGUGUUUUCUAUUUCAAAAUGAGUUCAUUCAAGCUCAAGUUGUUCAAACACUAUUACCCAAUGCUCCAGAAACAUCUUCCAUAACCAUGGGUCAACUCUUAUGUGGAGGACUUUUCUCAAAUGAUCCAUUAUCAAACUGGUUUGUUUCAACGGCUCUCAGUCACACUCUUGUUGGAAAUAAGACUCAGAAAGAGCAAUUAUUGAGAGUUCAAUUGGCCACCGAAGAUGAUGGACCACCAAUUCCUCUUAUUAAACAAUGUUGUACACUUUUACAAUCAUGUUCAAAGAAUCAAACUCGUAUUGGGCUACUCAUGUUUCUUGCAAAUUGGUUAUCAAAUUGUCCAAUUGUGGUAUCACAUUUCCUUCAGAUUCCUACUAACGUUCCAUAUCUUACAGCUCAAGUUGGCCUGACGGAAGGUGAAGAUGCUGAAAUAUUAAUCCAAGGAUUAAGUGCAUUCCUUUUGGGUAUUUGUAUCCAUGAUAAUAAUGAUUCUGUCCAGAGUUUUAAAAGAGAUGAUUUACUUGAAUUGAUUACUAAAAGAGUUGGUUUGGAUAUUUAUUUGGACAAAUUAAGCUCAGUUUCUAAGAGCGAUAAGUUUAGCUUAGCUUCACAAAAGCCUCAAAUUAAAUCACUAAAAGCUGAUCAACUAAUCUUUGACUAUGAGUUUUGUAAAUUAUUCCGUUCACUCGAAGCUACUAUUAUCAAAGUUGUUCAAAAUAAUCCAACAGAUUUGAUUAAUGGCCCGGAAUCAAAUAUGUCUGCAGAGCAACAUCGUCUUCUUAUCCAAUAUAAGGAACUGAUUCGUGAACAAGAUCAGCAAAUAUCCGUCUUGAAAAAUGAAUUGACAACUUUGAAAGAUUCGCAUUCUAAAAAAUUGGAGGAAUUAAAAGAAUUAACUGCAACAUGUCAACAAUUAAAAGACCAAAAUUCCUUAUUGAAAGCCCACAAAUCAGCUACAACUUCUAGUCCUUUAAAUUUUCUAAGUUAUGGUGGAACUGAUUUCAAUGAAGAUCCAUCAAGAUUUAUGCCAUUUCCUAAUUCCGUUGUUCCGGAGACAAAAAUUAAAAUGAUGGAUGAUUCAGAAGAGGAAUUAGAAAAUCUCAAGUGUGAAAAGUUGAAUCUUUUGGAGAGAAUACAAAAUCUAGAGAUGCAAUUAUCUCGAGCUGCAAUCGAGAAAACUGAAGCUCUUGUUGAUACCGAGAACAGUAAGAAAGAGUUACAACAAUUACAAAUGGUUCUCGCCAAUCAAGAGUACAAAUUACAAGAUAUGGAAAAAUUGAAAGAAUUUGGAUAUUCAGUUGAAGAGGCAAUUCCACCACCCGAGUUAGAGCCACAAAUAUCAAAUCAACAGCAAUUAUUUUACGAUCAACAACCUUAUCAACAUAUUAAUUUUAUUGAAAAACAAAUUCGCCAGGAACGUGAAGAUCAACAAGAGCAACAUUUACAUUUAAUUCAACAGGCAUUAAAUCAACAACGGCAACAUCAACAACACCAACUUGUUAACCAACAAUUAAUGUCACAUAUCCAAUAUCAACACCAACACCAACACCAGCCCCAUCUCCAACCCCAACCCCAACCUCAACCGCAACCGCAACCUCAACCUCAACCUCAACCUCAACCUCAACCUCAACCUCAACCUACACCCCAACCCCAACAUCAACACCAACAGGAUCAAGAGCAACAAUUUCCAAUGAUAAAUCAACACCAAUCAAAUCUCCAAGAGGAUCAACAAUUGUUACAACAAUUACUUCAAAUUCAACUCCAACCCCAAUCCCAACAAUCAGUAGUAACUUCCUCUGUUCAUCCGUCACCACCAAUUUAUCCUGCAUCUCUUCAAAGUGAUACCCAGAGUUUAUAAUCAACAUUAUUUCAAGAGAAAGAGAAAAAAAUUAUUAUUAUAUUUAAAUAUAACACUUAUAUCAAUUUACACAAAAAUAAACCUUAUUAUUAUGAUAAGAAACAAUU